AUUGGGGAAGCAAGAAAACCAUAAACACCGAUUUAUACGUGGAAAAUCCGUAUUUGUAUAACCCACACCGUCACCAACACCCUGUCAAAGCAAGAAUCGACCAAUAAUGGUCAACUAACCUUCAUACCCUUCAACGAUUUCCUGCUGAUUUUUUCGGUACUUCUCUCAGAACUUGAAGAGAGAUGGGGAUUCCAGUUCGUACAGCAGGGGUGAUGGGUGUGGAUAAUUUGAGCGAGAAAGCUGCAAAGAUGAGAGAGUCACUGCAGAAGAGUCAGUCCAUCACAGACAACAUGGUUUCAAUCCUCGGUUCCUUUGACCACCGUCUCUCCGCCCUUGAAACCGCCAUGCGCCCAACUCAGAUCAGAACACAUGCUAUUCGAAGAGCUCAUGAGAACAUCGAUAGGACUUUGAAGGCAGCUGAUGUUAUAUUGGACAGAUUUGAUCUUUCUCGUGAGGCUGAGGCCAAAAUAACUAGAGGCCCACAUGAGGAUCUUGAAAGCUAUCUUGAAGCUAUUGAACAACUAAGAAGCAAUAUCGUCUUUUUCACCAACAAUAAAAGCUUCAAGAGCAGUGAUGGAGUCAUCAGCCAUGCAAGUAACUUACUUUCCAAGGCUAUAUCCAAACUAGAACAAGAAUUCAAACAGCUCUUAUCAUCAUACAGCAAAUCUGUUGAGCCUGAUAGGCUAUAUGAAUGCCUCCCUAGUUCACUAAGACCAUCAUCUGGAUCACCUGAUUCAAGUGGAAAGAACCCUAAUAAUAGUCAUACGGGUCAUAUCACUGCUGAAAAUGCUGUUUUUGCUCCAUUAAUUCUCAUUCCGCCACGUGUCCUUCCAUUGCUCCAUGAUUUAGCCCAACACAUGGUGCAAGCUGGUCAUAUACAACAGUGCCUUGUUAUUUACAGGGAUACGCGUUCUAUAGUAUUGGAAGAAACCUUACAGAAAUUGGGAGUGGAGAAGCUUAGUAAAGAUGAUGUACAGAAGAUGCAAUGGGAGGUUUUGGAACUCAAGAUUGGGACUUGGAUUCAUUUCAUGCGUAUUGCAGUGAAAUUACUGUUUACUGCUGAAAGAAAAGUAUGUGAUCAAAUGUUUGAAGGCAUUGAAUCACUUAGAGAUCAAUGUUUUGCUGAAGUCACUGCAGGCAGUGUUGCCAUGCUUCUUAGUUUUGGAGAUGCAAUUGCUAAAAGCAAAAGAUCACCAGAAAAGUUAUUUGUGCUUUUGGACAUGUAUGAGAUAAUGCGUGAACUUCACAAUGAGAUUGAGUCACUUUUCAGAGGUAAAGCUUGCAAAGACAUUAGAGAAUCAGCUCUAGGGUUAACAAAGAGACUUGCACAAACAGCUCAAGAAACAUUUGGGGAUUUUGAAGAAGCUGUUGAAAAAGAUGCAACAAAAACAGCUGUCUCAGAUGGAACAGUUCAUCCUCUCACAAGCUAUGUCAUCAACUACGUGAAAUUUUUAUUCGACUAUCAGUCGACACUGAAGCAGCUGUUUCAAGAAUUUGAAAAUGGAGAGGAUUCGAAUUCACAGCUGGCAUCUGUAACAAUGAGAAUUAUGCAGGCUCUUCAAAUUAAUUUGGAGGGAAAAUCUAAACAGUAUAAGGAUCCUGCACUCACCAACUUGUUUCUUAUGAACAAUAUUCAUUAUAUGGUCAGAUCUGUACGCAGGUCUGAAGCAAAGGAUUUGUUAGGGGAUGAUUGGGUGCAAAGACACAGAAGGGUUGUUCAACAACAUGCUAAUCAGUACAAGAGGAUAGCUUGGGCAAAGAUCCUGCAAUGUCUCUCUAUUCAAGGCUUGUCUUCAUCGGGAGGUGGUUCUGUUGGUGGUGAUGGAGCUGGUAACAGCAGUGGAGCCUCACGAGCACUUGUAAAGGACAGGUUGAAGAUCUUCAAUGGUCAGUUUGAGGAGCUUCAUCAAAGACAAUCUCAAUGGACAGUUCCUGACACAGAGCUUAGAGAAUCUCUCAGACUUGCAGUUGCUGAAGUCUUGUUGCCUGCAUACAGAUCUUUCAUUAAACGUUUUGGGGCACUUGUUGAGAAUGGGAAGAAUCCCCACAAGUACAUAAGGUAUUCAGCAGAGGAUCUUGACCGGAUGCUUGGUGAAUUUUUCGAGGGUAAGACUUUGAACGAAGCUAGACGAUAGAGAUAGCAAGAUGUUGAAUUACUCUUUUACCCUUGUGGUGUAUGUUAGUGUACUGUAUCCUGUAGCCUGUAGUCGAUGAUAAAAGGGCAUGACAUGUAUGUUCUUUUUGUAUGUAUUGGGGUAAUAAGGAUAUGGGUAUGCUAAAAAGUUAAAGAAAGAAAAGAGAAUGCUGUAACUUCGAUUAA